AUGCAAGAAACAAUAACAGACUUACUUAAUAAAAGUGAUAUUGAAAAACAUUGCAUUGAGGAAGAGGGGACUGUUCAAUAUUAUGUCAAUCAAUUAAUUAACACAUUAUUGAUAGAAAAACAAGUCACUGAAGAAGUAAUGAAACUUCAAAACGAUUUAGAGGAGUCAAUUAAACAAACUGAAAAGAAAGAAAAAGAAAUGUAUAAAAAUAAAGAAGUACUUAUCAAAAUUAAUAAUGAAAAGAUUGCUUUAAAAGAGAAAAUGGAACGAAGUAAAGUAAUGUUACAACUUGCUUUUAAACAAAACCAGAUGCUUCAAAAUGAAAAGAAAAGACUAAAGUUAUUAGCACAACCAAAAACUAAUGAGAAUAAUACAAAAAAAUGGAAAGGAAUUCGUAAAGAAGUAAAAGAAAUAAGAAGAGGACUUGAUGAACUUAUUCAACAAGAAAAAGAAAAAAAGGUUAAAGAAUUAAAAAUAAUUAAACUUGAAGAACUUCAAGAAGAAAGAAAAAAAGAAAUUGAAGAAUUAAAAAAAUUAAGGGAAAAACAGCUACAAGAAAAUCAAAUAAAAGAAGAAAAUGAUGACCAAACAUCAAGUAGUGAAAGUGAAUAUAAAAUUGAACAACAAGAUUCAUUAAAAAAACAACCUUUUGGUAAUUCUGUUUUACGUCAAAUAGAAGAAAGUAAUGUUAUGGAAGAAGAAGAAAAAAUAAAUAAAGACAAUAAUCAGUUUAAUGAAGAAGAUGCAUUCUUUCAUUCAGACCAAACAGCAAGUGAAGAAAUUGAAAUGGACAAUGAAGAAAGUGAAAGUGAUUCAACAACAUCAAUUAGUAACGAUAGUGACUAG